AUGCUGCUUGAUGACAAUAGGGAAAUAUUUAUCCCUGAAACUCAAGAGGUAGUCAAAGCUCAUCCACUCUUUCGACUGUUCGCUACUCAGAACCCUCCUGGCGCAUAUGCAGGUCGAAAGAUGCUGUCUCGAGCUCUUCGCAACCGAUUUGUCGAACUACAUUUCGAUCCGCUACCUCGAUUCGAACUCGAGGUGAUCCUCGAACAGCGUUGCUCAUUGCCGGCAAGCAGGGCUCAUAGGCUCGUCGAAGUGAUGCACCAACUGCAGGUACAUUAG